AGCAGCACCGGAAGCACCUUUUCUCCCGCCGUCUUGAAAUAUCCGCCAUAUCAGCGAAGGCAACAUCAUUACGAUGUCUUUGCGUGUGGAUAAAGACGCCUUUUACAGGCGAAUGAAGAGGAUUUAUACCUCUUGGGCUCAAUCUUCAGGAGAUGACAGCUUGGCAAAGAUAGAUGCCAUUGUAACAGCAGUCGGUGUGGAUGAAGAUGUUGUCUACUCCAAGUCGACAGCUCUACAGACAUGGCUGUUUGGUUACGAGUUGACCGACACAGUAAUUGUGUUCUGCGAGAGCAGAAUUUACAUCCUGGCGAAAGCAAAAGAAGAUUGACUUCCAUGGCUGUUUGGUCGAGUUGACUUCCUGCGUCAACUGGAAAGUGCAAAGGAGAAUGACCAGGGUGUACCACCGAUCAAACUUCUCACAAGAGACAAGGCGGACAAAGACAAAGCUAAUUUUGCCAAACUGACGGCAUCAAUCAACGACAGCAGAAAGGGCAAGACAGUAGGAGAGUUCAGCAAAGACAAAUUCCCUGGGGACUUCAUGAAUGACUGGAGGGCAGUGCUUAAGACAGCCGGCUUUGAGAAGUCGGACAUCAGCGUGCCGAUGGCGUACAUCAUGCCCGAAGAAGAGCCUGAGCAGAAGACGAUACAGAAGGCGUGUCAGGUGACCUGUGACGUGUUCCAGAAGUACCUCAAGGAGAGCAUCAUGGAGAUCAUCGAUGCUGAGAAAAAAGUGAAGCACUCCAAGCUGGCUGACGGUGUGGAGCAGGCCCUCCAAAACAAGAAGUAUGUGACCGGGGUGGACACCUCCCAGCUGGACAUGUGUUACCCUGCCAUCAUCCAGAGUGGAGGAAAGUACUCCCUCAAGUUCAGCACCGUCAGUGAUGACACUCCAGUUCACUUUGGCGCUAUUGUCUGCUGUUUGGGAGCACGGUACAAGUCUUACUGUUCCAACAUCUGCCGCACACUCCUAGUGGACCCUACAGACGAGAUGCAGAAAAACUAUGACUUUCUUCUGAAGGUGCAGGACGAGAUCCUCGGCAAACUCCAGCAUGGUACAAAGCUGAGUGAGGUUUAUGAAGCUGUGAUGAAGCUGGUCAAGUCUGAGAAACCCAGCCUGAUGGAGAAGAUGACUAAGACAUUUGGCUUUGCGAUGGGCAUUGAGUUCCGAGAAGGCUCCCUGCUCAUCUCUCCGAAGACCAAUUCUCCUGCCAAGAAGGGUAUGGUGUUCAACGUGAAUGUCGGGUUUUCCAGUCUGCCAAACAGGGAAGGGAAAGAUGAACACUCUAAGACAUAUGCCCUGUUCAUUGGUGACACGGUCCUUGUCAAUGAGGGUGCCCCUGCCUCGGUUCUGACCGGUGUCAAGAAGCGUAUCAAGCACAUCGGUAUCUUCCUCAAGGAUGAAGAAGAGGAGGAGGAAGAAGAAGAGGAAGAGGUGAAGGAGGAGGAAGUGCUUGGCCGUGGUCGGCGCACAGCUGUCCUUGAGAGUAGAACUAGGACGGAUGUGUCUUCGGAGGACAAACGACUAAAACACCAGAGGGAACUGGCCCAUAGGCUGAACGAGGAGGCUAAGGAACGGCUGAAGGGGAUGAAAUCAGAUUCGGGGGAGAAAAAGGGUAGGCGGAGGAACAGCUCCUAUCGAACUUCCUACUCUUACCCAGAGGAGGGGGAUUGUUUUCAUGACAAUCUUUUUCUUUCAGACAAACGUUAUGAAACAAUCAUCCUCCCAAUAUUUGGUAGCCCUGUACCUUUUCAUAUCUCCACGAUCAAAAAUAUCUCGUCGUCAGUGGAGGGAGACUACACAUACCUGAGAGUCAACUUCUUCCACCCUGGAGCUACCCUGGGGAAGAAUGAGAACGCCUUUCAGCAGCCUGAUGCCAACUUCCUGAAAGAAAUUACGUAUCGAAGCUCAAACACCAAAGAGCCUGGUGAGAUCUCCGCACCCUCAUCCAAUCUCAACACAGCGUUCCGACUCAUCAAGGAGGUGCAGAAAAAGUUCAAGACGAGAGAGGAGGCGGAGGAGAGAGAGAAAGAGGGUAUUGUAAAACAAGAUACCUUGGUUGUAAACCCCAAUCGAGGAAAUCCAAAGCUGAAGGAUCUGUACAUCAAACCAAAUAUUGUCUCAAAGAGAAUUUCUGGCACCCUGGAGGCUCACACAAAUGGUUUCCGCUUCACGUCAGUUCGGGGGGACAAAGUGGACAUCCUCUACAACAACAUCAAGCAUGCGUUCUUCCAGCCGUGUGAUGGAGAGAUGAUCAUCCUGCUACAUUUCCACCUCAAGCAUGCCAUCUUGUUCGGGAAAAAGAAGCACAUCGAUGUGGCGUUUUACACUGAAGUUGGAGAGAUCACGACUGACUUGGGAAAACACCAGCACAUGCACGAUCGCGACGAUCUCCAUGCUGAACAGGCGGAGAGAGAACUCAGACAGAGGCUUAAGUCUGCCUUCAAGAGUUUCUGUGAAAAAGUGGAGACAAUCACGAAACAGGAAGUUGAGUUUGACACACCCUUCCGAGAACUUGGGUACCAUGGCGCCCCCUUCAGGAGUACAGUAUUACUACAACCCACCAGUGGCUGUCUUGUCAACCUGACAGAAUGGCCUCCAUUUGUAGUGACGCUCGAGGAGGUAGAACUGGUCCACUUCGAGCGAGUCUCCUUCCAGUUGAAGAACUUCGACAUGGUGUUUGUGUUCAAGGACUACAGUCGGAAAGCCUCAAUGAUCAACUCCAUCCCCAUGAAUAUGCUGGACCAUGUCAAGGAGUGGCUCAAUUCCUGUGAUAUCUGCUAUACUGAGGGUGUUCAGAGUUUGAACUGGGGAAAGAUCAUGAAGACAAUCACUGACGACCCCGAGGGAUUCUUUGACAAUGGUGGCUGGAGCUUCUUGGGACCUGACAGUGAUGCUGAGGCAGAUGAUGAUGAUGAUGAUGAAGAGGACGAGCAUUACCAGCCAAGUGGGAACGAUACUGAACCUGAAAGCAGUGAAGACUACAGUGAGGAGAGUGAUUGGAGCGGGGAGGAUGAGGACUCAGAAGAAGAAGAGCUGGGAUCCAGUGAAGAGAGCGGCAAAGACUGGGAUGAGCUUGAAGAAGAAGCCAGGAAAGCUGAUGCUGGUAUUGAAGAGGAAGAGCUACCAAGACACAGCGGCAGCAUGCACCGGGAUAAGGACCGAGGAGGGAAGGACCGAGGAGGGAAGGACCGAGGGGGGAAGGACCGAGGGGGGAAGGACCGAGGGGAGAAGGAUCGGCAUCACAAGAGUAGCAGCAAGAGCAGUCACCGUGACGACGAUAGGAAACGAAAACGGUCAAGUGACAGGGAUAGGGAUGUUGACCACAAGAGAAAGAAGAAGAGGUGAAGGGCGAGUUAGGAUUUCAUCUCCCGAGAUGAUUUGAUUUAAAUGAAAGAGAUGAUUGAACUGGAGGAAAAUGAUUGUUUUGAAAGUCACCUUUUGUAUUCAGAGGACACAUAACAGUGAGCACCAGUACUUCCUGGGACAUAUACAUGUUAGUUAUGUACCCUCUGACUUUUGUCGUUCUGGAGCUUGGCCAUUACAUUAUGUUUCAAUAUUGACAAAAAAGCUCUGUAAAAAAAAUAAAUUCUGAUGUGAUUGUACAUUUGUAAUGAAACAGAAACCAGUAAAUAUCACUCAUGAGUAGCAGUCAGUGAUUGGUGGAAAUAACAUUGUUAUGUGACACUUGUAUCCAUUUUAGUAGCUUUAAGAUUAAAUUUGAAGCAUAAAAUAUUAUGAUAUUAGUAGAUUGUAUAUCAACCAACUUGUAUGUUGAUGUCAGUAGCGCUACACAUCAUUUCAUUGGUAGAAUCACCUACAGGUUAUAUUAGCCUUCUUAUAUGUCUGUAUCUUGCGGACCACUUUUAUGUCUUGUAAAGGAUCAUGUUUUACAGUUUUAGUGCUCAGACCAAAUUUCAGUAAAACAUGGGGCUGUAAUAAUUCAUUUUCUGAUGGAACAUGUAUCUGUUGUGGUACAGCACAUAUCCGAGUGUAACGCAACAUGUAUCCUUUGUGAGAUACAUGACAUACCACAGUUCAUGGUCAUACCGACUUGCUACUUUACACAUUGUCACGACUUCAGGAAAUAUCAAACAUGUUGUAACACAUUCGAAUUCAUUAAAAAAAUCCGGUGACUCAUUACAGCCCCAGUUACCAUUUUUUCUGCAUGUGUAAAUAAUCAUAUCAUUGACCAAUGCUUAGGUGUAUAUAUCCAUCCAGAUUCAGCAGGUUGGUUACAGUAGCUUGGCUCCCGCAAAUCCUGUAGCAUUUGGCAUACACAACUCGUGAAACAUUGUCAGUUGUUGCAAUUAAUGUAUUUGUGUGUCAACCUGUUGCAAUAAAACUGUUUCCCAAAUCAAA